AUGAAGACUGCAAGAGCUGAGGACCAGGAAGCACGAAGAAAGUGGUUGAAGCGGYAACAGAUCAAUCAUACGUAYGGUGAUGGUGGUGAYAGYGAUGAUGGAAAUGUUGAUCAAGGUGAUUGUGGUGAUGAGAAUUCUGGUGAUAAUGAUAGCAAUGAUGUUGAUAGUGAUGAGAUGRAUGACGAUAGUGAUAGUGAGAUUGACAGUAGCAGGAAUGAUGACAUUGAUAGUGAUGAUGACAACAAUGACAGUAAUGAUGGUGAUAGUGAUGAUGAUGAUGGUGGUGACAGUGACAAUGAUGGUGAUAGUGAUGAUGAUGGUGACAGUGACAAUGAUGAUGAUGAAUAUGGUGAGAGUAACGACAAAGACAAUGAUGGGAACAGUGAUUGUGGGGAUAAGAGUUAUGGUAAAGGCAAAGGUCAUCAUGGAGGGCAGCGUUGCCGCUGUGGUUCACUUGAUCACCGGCGAACCUCUCAUAGAUCUUGUAAAUAUUACAAACAAAGAAACUGA